AGUUCCCCGGGGCGAGUGAAAGUAAUGGCAUCAUUGUCUUCAGACUGUUCUUGUAGGAAAUUAUUUGGUCUUUAAAUUACAGUCUAUGUAGUGGUGGCAGCUGCGUAUAAAUACCUGACGAGGCAGCCACAAGUAUCAGUGUUUCUACAGCAAACUACAAACUACAGACAAAGAUGGCCGCCAAGUUCAUCCUCCUCGCUGCCCUGGUAGCUAUUGCCAACGCCGGCUACCUCGGGGCCAGUUACGCUGCCGCCCCAGCUGUAGGUUACGCUGCCGCCCCCGCCAUCAGCUACGCCGCCCCCGCGGCUGUCGCCACCCCCGCCAUCACCUCCCAGCACUCCAACAUCCUGAGGAGCUACGGUAACCUGGGACAGGUGUCCACCUACUCCAAGACCAUCGACACACCCUUCUCUAGCGUUCGCAAGUCCGACUAUGGUGCCUAUGCCGCCCCCGCCCUGGCUGCAAAAGCUUACCAUACCGCUCCAAUCGCUGCUGCCUAUGCUGCCCCCGUCGUCAAGACCGCCGCCACCGCCGUGGCAGGACACGGCCUCCUGGGUGUCGCAUAUUCUGCAGCCCCCGCAGUCGCCCACAUGACCUAUUCCAACGGUCUUGGCAUUGCCUACUCUUACUGAACUGACACUUUCUCCGAAAAGGAAAACUCAUCACAGCCUGUAUUAUUGGAUUUGCGAGGAAAGUAGCUUCUACCAAAAGCGAUAUUUUAUUUAUAUCUGAAAUCAUCUACAUACUUAUCUCAUCUACAUCCUUACUUAGAAACUUGUAUUUAUACCUGUAAAUAAAUGCUAAUGACGCUUAA